UCUUCCGGGAGCGUGCACGACCGUGUAGUAAGUGGUUGAAUUGCGUAUUCCAGGUAUGCACGAGAACGGGAGGGAGUGUCUUGGUGGCUGCACGGCAGUCGUGAGGGUGGACGAUGACGUUGGGGACACUCUCAUCUUCGAGGACAUGCAGUGCUCCCUGUUCGCUCACGUGAACGGAGAGGGAAUUGUUGUGCAAGUUGUACGAUCAACCGACCCGGAGAACCCAGUGCCACCGAAUCAGUGCAGUGUCCUUGGAUGGGGUGGGAAUGCAGCAGAAGCCAUACGGGACGCGGAGGCGUACGCUGCACGGUUGAGCCGGGUACAUAAUGGCGAUGUGGCUGCUGCGCUGGCCGUGAUGGGGCUCGCCUCCCAAGCGGCUAGCACCCCUAACGAGGAGGGUGAGGUGUCAGAAGAGGUUCAGGUUUUAGAACACGCUGAGGUAACAGAAGAGGUUCAGGUUGAAGACACAGAAACCGAUGCAGAAGGUGUUCAGGUUUCAGAACAGGCUAAGGUAACCGAAACUGAUGCAGAAGAAUGGCCCUAUGAGAGUGACAUGGUACUCGUAGACUUGUGCCAGCCAGGCUCGAGGCCCGCAAUACCGCCCGUGCGGUGUAGUAGAAGAGGACUCCAGGUUCUAGAGCGGAUGUUCAAUAUUAAAGUCCUGGAAGGUACUGAAUUAGGGGAGUGAAUCUUUGAAAGAUGUUAAGUCGUAUUGUUUUGAUUAUGUGACAGUAAUAAACGCAUUGUGUAAGGUAAUACUGGAACUGGCAUUAAUUUAAAUGUACCCGCCCAUCUGCGCUGUUUAUUGUGUGAAACAUUGUAUAAAGUAAAUGUAGUACUGCUUGGUCUAGCAGUUAGUAAUUCCUUACAUGGGGAAUGAGGGAACGCAAUUUUUGGUGUAAAAUUUAUUGUAUUAUAAACAGUAGGCUACAUUAUUAAAGCUCAAGCAGUCAAGCAAGUAUGACAAACACAGGCAUGAAAUAUAUAAUUAAAAGGGGACAUUCACCGAUUACAGAGGAAUUGUUUGCAAAUAAGGAAUUAAUUUGAGUCACAUUUGUACAACAGUUUAAGUUCUUCAAGGAGUGACGCAAUCACAGGCACACAGAAAGAGCGUCCAAUAAGAUUUCUGCGGGAUGUUAAACUCUGGUCGCCUGUAUCUGUCCAGCUCUUG